UUAGAUUUGGAGAGGGACGUCCACAGAUCGGCCCCGCACUGUUUGGUUUCAGUCAGCGUGCUGCAGUAGAGACACUCACACAGUGGAUGCCGACAAGUUACCCUUUUUUACUGGAAGGACGUCUAAAAAAGUUUUCGAAGUUUGAAUUUGUUCUGGACAUUUUCUCGUGCCGAGAUUUCCGAGAGAUCUGGAGAGGAUUAAAAAAACAAUAAUUACGCACAGCGUGAGGAAUCUCUACAAUCACUGGAGACGCACACAUGCUUUGGACGUCCUGACAUGGAUGUAACUUUCAAUCUGAACUUCAUAAGGGAAUUCUGAGAGGAAACUGGAUGCUUCACUGGAACUCCUUCACUUAAACACAGCAGAGCAACAGAUGAAUGUUUAAAAAGAAGGAGCCAAAAUGAAGACAGCUGCCAAGGGUUUGGGGAAAUCCAUAAUGGACCCUUCGGGUUGGUGGAACAGAAGAAUAGUGCUAAUGGUGUAUGUGGUCUUGGAACUUGUAACCCUCCAUUCACCUGUUGUCUCUGGGACUCUUGAGCUUCAGCUGGAUGAGGAACAGCCAGCAGGUACAAUUGUAGGUGACAUCAGUGCGGGGCUUCCUCCUGGCGUCACUGCAUCCAUGUACUUCAUCUCGGAUCAUGAGGGCACAGGCGUGGGGACUGAUUUGGACAUAGAUGAAAGUACAGGCAUUAUUAAAACAGCCAAAGUUCUGGACAGGGAACUUCGGGAUAGAUACAACUUCAUUGCAGUCACCAUGACAGGUGUUACUGUGGAGGUGACGAUCAAGGUGAUAGACAUAAAUGACCACGCCCCUAUGUUCCCAAGAAAACAGGGCACAUUUAAAAUCCCAGAGCAGACCGCCAUCGGCACCAGGUUUCCUCUCGAGCCAGCUGUUGAUGCCGAUAACGGCCAGCUCACAACACAGGGUUACCUUAUCAAGGAUGGGAAUGUUGGCCAGGCUUUCACCUUGGAGACAAGGAGAGGGAGCAAUGAGGUUCUCUAUCUGGACUUGGUGGUCAAUGCCAUUCUAGACAGAGAAAAAAGAUCCACCUACACCUUAUCUCUGGAGGCUUUUGAUGGUGGUUCACCCAAGAGGACUGAUCAGAUAACUUUAGAUAUUACUGUACAAGACAUCAACGACAACGCUCCUGUUUUCAACCAGAGCCGCUAUCAUGCUAUAAUAUCUGAAAACCUCCAGCCAGGAAGUAACAUCCUGCAGGUGUUCGCCUCAGACGCUGAUGAAGGAGACAACGGGAUGGUUCUGUAUGAAAUCAACCGGCGUCAAAGCGAUCCAGACCGCUACUUUGUCAUUGACUCUCGCACUGGUGUCAUCACAGUUAACAAGCCGCUGGACUUUGAGAUGAGAAGAGUCCAUGAGCUGGUGGUGCAAGCUCAGGACAACGCAACCCAGCCAGAGGUGACCAAUGCCUUCGUCACGAUCCACGUCAGAGACUACAACGACAACCAGCCAACCAUGACCAUCAUCUUCCUCAGUGAGGACGGAUCUCCAAGGAUCUCUGAAGGUGCACAGCCAGGCCAGUAUGUCGCCAGGAUUUCAGUCACUGACCCCGACUAUGGAGAGUAUGCAAAUGUCAACGUGUCGCUAGAGGGAGGAGAUGGAAAAUUUGCCCUGACCACUAAGGAUAGCAUCAUCUACUUGAUCUGUGUGGAUCAGAUUCUUGACCGGGAGGAGAGAGACACUUAUGAGCUAAGGGUGAUGGCAACAGACUCCGGCACACCUCCCCUCAGGGCCGAGUCCUCCUUUGUAAUCCAGGUGACAGACGUCAAUGAUAACCCUCCACUGUUUGACCAGCCCGUUUACAGACAGAUCAUCCCUGAAGUGGUGUUUCCAGGGAGCUUUGUGUUACAAGUGACAGCCCGAGACAAAGAUCAGGGACCCAAUGGGGACAUAAACUACAGCAUCUUGCAAGACAAAGGUACCUACUCUGACUGGUUCAGUAUAGACUCUGUUACAGGGAUUAUCACCACCCUCACACAGCUGGAUUAUGAAAAGAACCCCAAUCCCAGUAUAACUGUGGUUGCCACAGAUGGAGGAAAACCACCGCUCACCUCCACUGCUGUGGUGAACAUCGUGCUCCAGGAUAUAAAUGACAACGAGCCUGUAUUUGAGAGGAACUUCUACAACGUGUCCAUUUUGGAGAACACGGCUUCAGGGACCUGCAUUCUUGAGGUGACUGCGACUGAUUCAGACGGAGGCUCCUUUGGUUCCAUCACAUACUCCCUGGGUUCUGGCAUCAACAGCGCUGUUCCUGCUCAGUUCACCAUCAGCAAAGAAAGCGGGCAGAUCUGCACCAGUGCCACGCUUGACAGAGAUGAAGGGCCAGCCAGCUUUGACUUUACUGUAACUGCAGUGGAUGGGGGUGGACUCAGCUCCGUAGCCUAUGUGAGGGUAGAUCUGGUGGACAUAAAUGAUAACAGACCCGCUUUCUACCCCGUCAGCUAUGCUGUCAGUUUGAGCACGCAGAGUGCUCCCGGGACUUCUGUUGUCAGAGUGAUGGCCUAUGACUCUGACUCAGGCGAGAAUGGCAGAGUUAUGUACAAAACAGUACCCGGAGGGGCCUCUCCGUACUUUACCCUCAACAAAGACACAGGUGUGAUCUCGCUGUCUCGGUCUGUCUAUGGGAAGGCAAACUCUAUCAUUCCCAUGAUAAUCUCUGCUCAGGAUGGAGGUGGUCUGACUGCCAUCGUCAAUGCCAGAGUCAACAUAAGUGUGGUGGCGGGACUUGUGGCGCCGCCUGUGUUUGAACAGAAUCAGUACCAGUUUACUGUACUCGAGGACGCCAUGCGGGGGACGACUGUAGGCAUCGUCCAGGCCAGCAGUAAGACAGGCACCUCCAGAGAUAUAUCGUACACAAUCAGCUCGGGGGACCCUGCAGGCUACUUUACAGUGGAUCCUGACACCGGAGCCCUUAGGACCAGUCUGCCCCUGGAUCACGAAGCCCAAUCGGUUCUUGAUUUGGAAGUGCAGGCCCGCAGUGGAAACCCUCCUGCCUUUGGCCAGACUCGUGUCCACAUCACCAUCGCAGACAUAAACGAUAACCCGCCUGUUUUCUUCCCCUCAUCCUCUGAGUCCUUGCUGCUGCCAGAGCACACAGAAAUGGGAACAGUGGUGUAUCGGGUCCAAGCUGAGGACAGAGACUCUGGAGUCAAUGGACAACUCACUUUUGAUCUUUCUUCUACAAGCGGAGUCCAGAGGAUCUUCAGCAUAGAGCGCAGCAGUGGAGAGAUCCGAUUGGUAGGGAACCUGAACUACGAGAGUACCCCCCGUUAUGAUCUGCAGGUGAUUGCCAAAGACAGUGGAGUACCCCAGCUUAGUGCUACCUUCAUGCUCGUGGUUCACGUCCAGGCAGAGAAUGACCAGGGGCCGGUGUUUGAUACCCUCACCUACCGUGUAGAGCUGAAAGAGGGGACACCGAUAAACACACGCUUCCUGCAGGUCAGAGCUCUGAACAGAGAAACUCCUGGCUCUGGUUCCUCAAGUCUCCUGGCGUAUCACCUGCGUCCAGAUGGAGACGCAGCAGGGUUUGGCAUUUCUGCAGACAGUGGCUGGCUGUUUGUGAAGAGUGCCCUGGACAGAGAAGUCAAAGACAUGUAUCUUCUUACAGUGAUGGCCAGCCAGGGUCAUGGGCAGUUGAAGAAGACAGGCAGUGCCACAGUGCGAAUAUCAGUGACUGACGAGAAUGACAAUUCUCCUCGGCUCACACAGGAGCGGGUCUUUAUGGCUGUGAGAGAAAACCUACCUGCAGGAACAGGCUUUGGUCAUGUGGCGGCCACAGACCGAGACAGUGGAUCCAACGGACGCCUCAGUUACCGCAUGCUGCACGCCGACCGUCACUUCCAGAUAAACUCCCACACAGGUGAGAUCAGUACAAGGACUACUCUUGACCGAGAGCAGCAGUCAAGUUACCAGCUGGUGGUGGUGGUUCAAGACGGCGGAUCACCCCCUCGUAGCGCCACAGGCACAGCCUUCAUCACGGUGCUGGAUGACAACGAUAAUGAUCCCACUUUCACCCACAGCCAGUCAGGCAAAAACCUCAUCAUACAGGUGAACGAAGGUCAGUCCUCUGGUGUUUUACUGGGCAGCCUGCAGGCCAAAGACCCAGACGAAGGAGAGAAUGGCACUGUUUUCUACUCUUUGUCAGGUCCCCGGGCUGAGCGAUUCUCUUUGAACCCAAACACUGGGGAGCUGCGUUCAUCAUCCCCUCUCAUCCACUCGGAGCGGGCUGACUACACCCUGACGGUGACGGCCACUGACAGAGGCCUGCCCCCUCGCAGCACCUCCUGCUCUCUCACCAUUCAGGUUCUCAGCACUAACAAGCCUUCCUCCAAGGCCAAUUCCCUCUCAAUAACCUUUAAUUCUGUGGAGGAGGCGAAGCCUGGCUCUGUUAUUGGAUCAGUCCGCCUCCGUGACACAGAAACCUCCAUGGAAGGGGAGGUGACCUACAUGGUGGUUGGAGGCACAGACAGAGAUGGAACCUUUGUGGUGGACCGUCUGACCGGAGACGUGUAUCUGGCCCGUCCUCUUGACUAUGAGCGAGACGAGCGAUACACUCUGCAAAUCGAGGUGGAUGACUUCUCUCAGGCCCCUCCCAGCAGCACCCUGGUCCACCUGGACAUUGAUGUGGAGGACAGCAAUGACCACUCCCCUCAGUUCCCAGAGGACCCCAUCACCAUUGUGGUCUCUGAGAGCAUGGCGUCCGGCUCAUCUGUCUACACUUUCCAGGCCACAGAUAAAGACGGGGGUGGGCCCAACAGCGAGCUGAGGUACUCCAUCCUCCACCAGUGGCCAGACACCCAUGGCCUUCUGACGCUCGACCCCUCAACUGGGGUUCUCUCAUUGGGCCAGGAGCUGGAUCAUGAGGUCACCUCCAACCUGAUACUGGUUGUCAAGGCAACAGACUCAGCGUUAGAUGCCAGCCAGAGGCGCUGGGGAUCUGUCACUGCGAGGGUGUAUAUAACCGAUGAGAAUGACAAUCCACCAGUGUUCAGCUCGCCCACAGCCGUCAGUGUGAUGGAGGACCAGCCGGUGGGCUUUGUGGUGCUGUAUGUCAUGGCUCGAGAUGCAGAUGAAGGGGAGAAUGGCAGGGUGACCUACAGCAUCCAGUCAGGGAACACAGAGGGAACAUUUAACCUCAACCCUAACACUGGCUCUCUGUCUAUUUUCAAACCUCUGGAUCGUGAGGAGCAGGACGUGUUUAACCUCACAAUAGUCGCUGAGGAUCAUGGGAUACCCGCACACUCGUCCAGCCAGCUGUUGUGUGUCCAUGUGAUUGAUGUUAAUGAUGAGGUGCCCUGGUUUGAGGAGAGUCAGUAUGAAGCCCAGAUUUCAGAGAACCAGCCUCCAGGAACUAGUGUGUUGACUGUGUUUGCCUCUGAUCUGGACCAAGGAACCAAUGGGCAGGUGUCAUAUGGUGGUAUCUCACAGGAGGGAUUUACAAUAGAACCAGCUACAGGUGUCAUAACAACCACAAAGUCGCUUGACAGAGAGCUCCAGGAGUACUACACUGUAACAGUUUAUGCAAAAGAUGGUGGCCUUCCCCCAAAUUAUGCUAAAGCCACAGUAAGGAUCAGGGUGCUUGAUGAAAAUGACAAUGCUCCACAUUUUGGACGUCUCUACUACAGCAUAGAGGUGCCUGAAAACCUGCAGGCUUUGCCUUUGUUUACCCUGAGAGCCACUGACAGGGAUGCAGGUGAUAGUGGAGUGAUUAGCUAUAAAAUUACAGCUGGAGAUCCAUCUGGAGACUUAAGCUUGGACCGACAGUUAGGUGUGCUGUCCACUUCCAGGCCUCUGGAUCGGGAGAAGAAGACAGUGUACAGGCUGACAGUCACAGCUCAGGACCAGGGUCCCCUUCCCCUCAGCAGCACUGCUACAGUGGAGGUAACUGUUCUGGACAUGAAUGAUAACAUCCCCCAGUUUCAGAGCAACAGCUACACAGCAGACAUUUCAGAAGAUGUUCCUAUUGGCUCAUUGGUUCUGGAGGUGAAAGCCAUUGAUCUGGACCAGGGCCCCAACAGCCAGGUGCUGUACUUUCUGAGUAGUGGUUCCAAGAGCAUGUUCAUCAUUGAGCAGAACUCGGGCCGCAUUAUCACCGCAGCACCCCUGGACAGAGAAAGAAUCGCCUCUUACACCUUUGAGGUUUACGCCACCGACUCAUCCCCUGUGAACCCUUUGAACUCCACUGCUCAGGUGACAGUCUACAUUCAGGAUGUGAACGACAACGCCCCCUUCUUCAUUCAGGACCCCCUUAUCGUGAACAUCUCAGCCAGCAGUGUGUCCAGCCGUAGAGUGUUGGCCACCAUGCGGGCAGAGGACAAGGACUUUGGGGCUAAUGGCUCUGUGUUUUACCGUUUCGCCAACCCUGUGAGGGGCUUCACCAUCAACUCACUGACAGGAGACAUCCAGGCCACAGAGAAGCUGCAGACUCUGACUCAAAGCCAGAGGACUUUAAUUGUUCAGGCCAUGGACCAGGGCAACCCAGCUCAGUCUUCUCUGGGAGUGGUUAUCAUUUACAUCAGGGAGCAAAGCUACAGCGGGAUUCGCUUCUCUCGAAUGGCCCGGGAUGUUAGUCUGCAAGAGAAUGCUUCUAAAGGAACAGUAGUAACACAGACUCAGGCCCAGUACCCGGAUGGCUCUCAAACUGGUAUCAGCUAUGCUAUUUUCAGUGGAAACAGACUCCAAUCUUUUGGUAUAAACCCCAUUACUGGUGAAAUUUGGGUCCAGAAAUCUGAGGGACUAGACUAUGAGGAGACCCCGAAACUCCGCCUUGUGGUGAAAGCCGAGACGGCAUCCUCCAGCUCGUACAUGGCUGUCAACUUAAUCCUGCAGGACGUCAAUGACAACUUACCACGCUUCCAACUCCAGAACUAUGUAGCCUACAUUAGAGAGGCACAGGGCUACGAUUUCCCCAUUAUCCAGGUUGCUGCAGAUGACCUUGACCAGGGUCAAAAUGGUCAAGUGACCUACUCCAUCAGGUCGUCAUCUAUGAGUGGGUUGUUUAAGAUAGACGCUCUGACAGGCAGUAUCACCACUGCAGCCAUUAUGGACAGAGAGAUCUGGACACAAACCAAGCUUGUUGUUACAGCAACAGACCGGGGAACCCCACGGCUUGCAGGCUCUGCAACUCUUACUGUCAUCAUCAUUGACCUCAAUGACAACAGUCCCAUGAUUCCUCUACCUCGAGAGAUCCGAGUGCCUGAGGAUACUCUGGUUGGUACAGUGAUCACUCAGGUGACAGGAAAUGACGUGGACUCAGGACCGGCCCUCUCUUACACGCUACACCUGGAAACAGACAGCCAGGGAAUGUUUGGGAUUCAUCGUUUUGGAGGAGGGGUGUCUCUGACCGGCCCUCUGGACUAUGAAGAGAGGACGUGGUACACUCUGACUGUCCGCUCAUCUGACUCUAAACACCAAAGCGAGGCUAACCUCACCAUUCUGGUGGAUGAUGUGAAUGAUAACGCACCCAUCUUUACUCAAGACUUGUACCAGGUGACUGUUUCAGAGCACCUUCCAGCAGGCAGUGCAGUCAUCACGGUAACAGCCACUGAUUCUGACUUUGGGGACAAUGGAAGGAUAACCUAUAGAGUAAUGUCAUCAACGAGGGGACUUUUCUACAUUGACCCAAGCAACGGCACUCUGUUUGUCAACCAGAAGACACAGUUUGAUUUUGAGAAUCCCUCCAUUCUGGUGAUAAUUGAGGCACGGGAUCAGGGCACUCCACCCCUUUCAUCCAUAGCCACAGUCCAGGUACAAGUGUCUGAUGUCAAUGACAACGCCCCCAUCUUCCACCAGUCAGAGUACAGAGCCACAGUGUCUGAAGAUGGGCUUCCUGGAUCAACUGUUCUAACCUUGGAGGCUGUGGAUGGAGACUUGUCCCGGGACAACUGUGGCUUUGAUUUUGCCAUCGCCAGUGGCAACUCUGGUAAUGCCUUCCAGAUUGAGAGCAGCGUGCGCUUCUUGGAGGGGCAGGGCUUCCAGACAGUCGGCAGCCUGAUCCUGGUGGAGCAUCUGGACUUUGAAGCAGUGCCAAGUUAUAACCUUACUGUUGUGGUAUCAGAUCGUGGGAUCCCUCAGCGAAGCUCCAGCGUGCCUAUCCUAAUCAGUGUUACAGAUGCCAAUGACAACCCUCCAGCUUUCAGCCGAACGGAGUACAGUGUGGUGCUGAGUGAGGGUGCAGCAGCCGGGACAGAGAUCCUGCAUCUGUCUGCCACUGAUCCAGACUCGGCUCCUAAUGGAGAGGUGCAGUAUGCUAUAAGCUCUGGGGACGAGACAGACCUUUUCCAGGUGGAUCAGUGGACAGGAGCCUUAAGGCUGCAGAGACCACUGAACAGCGAGAGACAGUCAUCUCACAUGAUUGUUGUCCAGGCUUCUGAUGGUCAAGGGCAUUACGCUUUGGCCCCAGUCAGCAUUGAGGUGAAGGACAUUAACGACAACCGGCCCUUCUUUCCUCUCAAACUUUUAACUGCGAGCAUCAGGGAAAACCAACCCAAGAAUGCCUUAGUCACCAUGCUGCAUGCAAUUGACCAUGACAGAGGUGUUUUUGGACAGUUAAAGUAUUACAUGUUAGACAACUCUAUCGAGGGAAAAGAGGCCUUCAUCAUAAACCAAACAGGAGAAGUACGGACUCGCUCGACUUUUGACUUUGAGAAAGUAAACUCCUUCAGCUUUGUGGCUGUUGCCAUGGAUGCUGGAAACUACUCUGCGUCUGUAACAGUACAGAUUUAUGUCACCGGGGAGGACGAAUAUGACCCUGUUUUCACCUCCUCAGAGUUCUCAUUUGAAGUGCCUGAGGGAGCAAAGAAAGGUCUAGUCAUUGGCAAAGUACAAGCCAGAGACGAGGAUGAAGGCGUGGACGGCAUUGUCCUCUACUCUCUAGCUGACAGUUCGCCUUAUUUUGAAGUCAAUAAAUCAACAGGAGUAAUUUCCUUAAAGAUAGACAGCUAUAGUAGACAUGUAAGCCGCUCAAAAAGAGAGCUGCGACUGAUGACACUGGAAGUGACUGCUCAGAGUCCAUUAGAGACAUCCCGCUCAGCAGUAGCCAAAGUUAUCAUAGAUGUGACCCAUACAUCUUUUGGUAUCUCCUCAGACAUGAAUAUGCUGCUGAUCAGCGUCAUCGCAGUUUCUCUUGGGACCAUCAUCAUUCUGAUAAUUAUUGCUGUGGUACUAUUUUUUGUUAAAUUAAGACGUCGGAAAAAGGACCAGAAAGCUUGUGGACGAACUCAAGCAUCGGGCACCAUGCUGCACAAGUUUGAGGAAACAAAAAUAGCAGCAAACGAAAUGAUUUACCAUCAAGCCCUUCCUGGAUAUGUGGCUGAUCAGGGUGGCAGCAGUGGGGGCCAAUACACUCGUGGAGGGUCUCUGGAUCCCUCACACUCCAGUGGGCGUGGCUCUGCAGAGGCAGAGGCAGCAGAGGAUGAUGAGAUCAGAAUGAUUAAUGAAUACCCUCGAGUGUCAAGUAUCUCCUCCUCCAUGCAGGAGCGCAUCUCUGCCCGAGGUCCGGACUCUGGAAUCCAGCAGGAUGCAGAUCAGCUGUCAGAUGUAUCCUGUGAGCCUUCAAUAGACUGGUUCAGAGGGAAGAAAGUGGGCAGUUUGAACAGUUCUUUAUUAGGUGGCCAGGUGCCAGUCUACAGGGAUGAGGGGGGCGGGUAUGUGGGUGUGGGACGGGGACUCAGCAUCUCCCACCCUAAAGAUUAUACUUUCCCAGAGGAUGGAAAGCCUGCUGUGGAUGGCUCCCUGACAGCCAUCGUGGCAAGUGACGAGGAGCUGAGGGGCAGCUAUAACUGGGACUAUCUGCUAAACUGGUGUCCCCAGUUCCAACCCUUAGCUAAUGUGUUCACUGAAAUAGCUCGUUUAAAAGAUGAAACCGCGCCUCCUAAUCCUCGCAGAUCAUUUCAUCACAAAGCAAAGGCGGAGUCAAGAAUUGACCCUCCACCUCUCAUAACUUCUGUUGCCCACCCAGGGGCCAAAACUGUACCUCCGAAGCCUGCUGUGGGGAGGACUUACCCCAGCUUGGCUUCUUUUCGAAGGUCCCCCCUUAGUGCUGAGGGAUCCAUCUCCUCAGUCGCUAUGUCUCCAAGUUUCUCCCCCUCACUCUCCCCACUGGCAGCACGUUCUCCUGCUAUCACACCUUUCAGUGUAUCACAGGGCCCGUCAGCAUCAAUGAUCAGCACAACCGAGCACCAUUUGGAACACAUCGAGGAGGCAGAACUGAGGAUAUAAGCUCCAUUGAAAAUUCUUAAGGGUGACCCAAAACUGAGUCAUUGCUGUCCCAGACUUCUUCUACUGUAUUACCACAGAGGCUGCAGAUUGAAAUGAGUCAACGCUGUUCUCCUUUCUAAUGUUUGUCUCAAGAGAACAAGUAUAAGGUUACGCUUAGAAGUGCAAAUAGCCGAGGCUCUGGUGCUCACUGAAGAAAAAACAAACUACAUGACUGGCAAACAUGGACUAAGCCUUUUGUGUAGGUGUGUGCGUGUGUGUGUGUGUGUGUCUCUGUCUGUGUUUGUGUGUGAGAGAGAGAGAAAAUAGUAAGAUUGAGAAACUCCUUCUGUUGAUCAGUGUUAAUUUGCACAUUCAAACGGAGAUUCAUACAUGAUGUCAAUAUUUUGUACAAAAGCAUUGUCUAUAUUUUUAUACUUGUAGUGGUUUCUGACAAGAAAUGGCAUUAAAGUGUCAAAGGUUGCUAAAACCUCAGAAUAUAUUUCUAUAUUUUGUAUAUUUGUCAAGUGUACUGUAUACUUGUUGUACUGUAAAUUGAUUUAAUCCCUUGUAAUGCUUAACCUUGUGGUUUGAAAUGAAGCUCUUCAUUAAUGCUUUAUGAAUGGGGAUUACUGUAAAUAUUUAUAGAGGAAGAGAUGUCCUUGCUUGAACAAAUGAAACAUCAGUCAGAAUAGAGUAUUGUGUGAUCAGAUGUUCUGUAGUCCUGUGUUUGACCUCACAUCAAAAGGUAAUCAUGAAUGUGAAACACUGAGGUGUUGUAAAGUCCUCAACAUACGUCCCUGCAUUUUCUGCGUAGGCAGAUAAUAGAGUUUGACAUUCAAUGGCCGUGUCCUUCAGGUGCCCUGGCUUUAACUUCUCACAGUGAGCCUUACUGCUUUCAUUUUGCAUUGUGAAAAAAAAACAUGUGAGGCCGAGCAUUGAGCAGCUACGUGAUAGAUGUAAAACUGUUAGCUCUAUCAGCAGUCCAAUCAUUCCACAGCAUGUAAGCAGGUGUUUGCCAUUUCUCUACUCAUCUAAAGCUCCUUAGUAAAAUGUAAGAGAACCAUUACUGAGGCUUUAAAUCAGUGUGACCCUGACACUGAAAUUUGCAGCAGCUUUUCAAUUUUUUUUCCCAGACUUACAACAUAAAAGUACAAAAAAAAAAACUGUAGUGAAUGUUUUCUGGGCUACAUUUGUCCUCUCUUUUUAAUAGCACUAUAAAAUAUCCUGAAUGGAUUAAAAGUAACACUUUUAAAUGAUACAAAUAGAGAAUUAAAAAAUAUAUAUUUAUGAAUGUUCAAACAUCACCAGAGAAUGUUUCCAAUGAAGUAACAGGAAACUCACGUCAUGUAUUGUACAUGUUCAGCCAUAAUUCACAAAAUGCUCUUACCCAGAUGCCUACGUCUUGAAUACAUUCAUGAAUGUGUUUUUGUUGCCUUUACAAAAUGAAGUGUGUACAUUUACAUCAACAGUGCCCUGCCAUGGCCUAAAUGUGGAUUUGUCUCUCCUUUUAAUUAUUAUUAAAAAAAAUCCUUAUUGCCCAUUUGGAGAUACUUUAUAAUACUGUCUUAAACCACAGUAACAUUUAACAGUAUUGUAACUUAUUAUAGGUAGACAGCAGAGGCUGAGAGGCUCAGUAAAUUAUUUACAAGGAUGUUAUUUUGACCAUGGCCAAAUAAGCAUGAACACUACCUAUCUGAUAAAAUGAAGGUACAUUGUUGUUUUGAUUGUUUUGUAUUGAGCGGUGUUACUUGCCACUUUGGUUUUGUGUUUGUCCAAAGUGUGUACAACAGGGCCGUAGAAGAGAAAUAUCUCCAAAUGUUCACACAUAUUUUAGACUCCAGAGAAAUGUUUUGAGCAAAAAGUGCCUGAUUAAAGUACUCAUGAGAACUCAC